AUGUCAGAAUCUGAGGCAUCAGAGCAAGCGUUCUGCGACAUUAUGGAUGAGAUGACGAGCAGUCUCUCUUCCGUUCGUGAGCAACUGAAACUUCUCCGGGAAAAGCAGACCAAAUCAUCCGACGCAGAUCUGAAGGAAGGGAUCUCACUUAUCACACUCAAGCACCAUCUUCUUCUCUCAUACAUUCAGUCUCUCGUCGUUCUCAACUCCCGUCGCGCAUUGGGACAUUCUCUCCGCGAGCGAACCGUACCUACCCUACCUUUCAGCGCAGCGAACCGAGAUGCGAGAGGGUCGGAACCUGGAGAUCUUGUUGAUUCCAUGAUUGAAAGCCGACUCGUGCUUGAGAAAAUCAAGGUCCUUGAGACCAAGAUGCGCUAUCAAAUCGAAAAGCUCGUCCGAGUGGCGGAAGAAUCCACCGAGAAUGCAUUAGACGACCCUCUUGCCUUCCGACCUAAUCCGCAAGCGCUUAUGCACGCUAAUAUGAGCGAUGAGGAUGACGAAGACGCAGCGGACGGAGAAGUUCGUCAAGAUGGGAUUUAUCGUCCUCCCAAGCUCGCUCCCAUGCCCUAUACCGAGUCGUCCGGAAAGGACAAACGUUCUCGCAGGGCACCCAUUCCGACUGCGCUCUCGUCGUUGGCUCGGCUCGAUCCCUCGAAACCUUACCUCGAAUCUACGUCUGGUCUUGGUGCAGCUCCAAUCAUGCAGAGCACCCGUGCGCGCGAAAUCAAGCGUAUGACUGAGUUCGAAGAGGACAACUUCACCAGAUUGGUCUUGAAAAAGAAGGACGAUAAGAGAAGGCGGAAGGACGAAGAGGAUAUCGCACUUGGCGGCUCCGGUGAUAUCAGCGGCCGGCGGAGAGGUGGUGGCUUCGAGGAUGAGUUCACGGAUGUGCUGAAGUCUGUGGGAAGAGACAGGCGAAGCGCAAUCGGGGAUGGGUACGAAGAACUCAGGACGAAGGGCCGGAAGGCUGGCGCGCUAGCUCGGGCCAGAUCAAGAAGCGAGGUAGAUGAUCUGCCCGAGGACAGUCCGAGGCAGAGAAAGCGGGGCAAGUUUGAGAAGGAGGUCAGAACUGGUAGGAAGAGGAUGGCUGCGAAGAGUAAACGGUAG